AUGAAUCGUACUUCUCCGUUCGGCAAGCUUCGCGGCCAGGUUUUGUACAACAGCCACCAAUUCGAGGGGGCCAAAUCCAGCCACGUGGCAUUCGACGUGCGUCGGUUGCUCGGCCCUGGAGGCCCCAGCACCAUAGCGCGCACCCCCAAGACGGCCCAUAUCAAGGCGCAGAUGUUCAUGCUGAAACAUUUGAGUUCUGUUCUGGUUCCUCAGUUCUGCCGCCUCAAGGGCAGCAUCGCGGAGAGCGGCAGCGACGACCUUUUACAGGAUUACAUGGAGACGACGCGUCACAAGAUCGUCAUCGCGGAGGUCAUCAACGUCCGCUUCCGAGGGCUUCCUGACUCAGAAAUUUCUCUCGUGCCCGACGACUGGGAGCCCUAUCAGCCGAAGUACAUCUGCACACACGGCUGGAAGGAGCGUGAUAGAUCGACGGGGAAGAGGACGUCGCACAAGCUCCGCCGCACCGAGUGUCCGUUCCAGAUGCUGGCUCAAGUCGUCAUGCGCCGAGACGGAACGUGGGGCAUCGUCAUGAAGCGCGAAGUCUACAACCAUAACCACCCCGUUUCCGACGGUAUCUACAGGUCUUACCCAGGUAUUCGCCAGGUUCCAGCAGGCUCUGCUUUGAUACCGGGUAUUGAGCUGCUGGUCAACGCCGACGCUGGGACUGCAAGCAUCUACAACUACAUUCGCGAGAACUCCAACCACCGCGUCACAAUGGACGACGUUCGUGUGGCCUAG